UUUACAGUGCUGGAUUUUUUUAUUUGAGUAAUAUAAAGGUGUGUGCUAUCGUACGCACAAUGCAUGUGGAUAAGUUAUAAAAACGGCCCUGUCUUGGAUUACUUAUUGGAUUACGCCUGUUGCCUUCCUGUUCAGUGAUUCGGUUUUGGAUUAAUAACUGCCUGAGAGUUGUGGGGGGUUGAUCUGUUCGACCCUUUCCAGAGGAUAUGUCAGACAGUUUUGUAAGCCGUGGUAGUGUUUAGUAAUCCAGUGUCCAGCAGCUUGGUCGCUGUCCGGAGCGUUUCGCCACAGUCAUGUUUAGCUGCUGUUCGCCGCGCAAGAAGAAGAAGAAGAAGAGCAAGGCCAAAGAAAAUGGUGUGGCAGCUGAAAGGCUGCCCCUGAGUAGGGAGGAUUUGACUCGCUCUCGCUCACAGCUUCAGAUUUCGGACGUGGUGGUGCCUGGUCAAGAAGACAUCUCCGCCAAGGAGGCUCUGCUGCUAUGGAGCCGGAGGACCGUGGAGGGGUACCCGGGGGUCAAGAUCCGGGACUUCUCUUCCUCCUGGAGAGACGGAAAAGCUUUUCUCUCUAUCCUUCACAGAAACAGGAGCGUCAGCUGAAAGUAGAGGAGUACCGGGAACUGACCGCCUCCCUGCUCACAUGGCUCAGAGACGCCAUCAAGCUCAUGCUGAGCAGGAACUUUCCCAGCACACUUCUCGAGGUCAAGGGUCUUUACUCUGACUUCAAUCGAUUCCGGUCCGAAGACGUCCCCCCACGGUUAGAGGCCAGGAAUCAUGCCAUGAGGCUUUUUGAUGAAAUACAGAGCUUGACGAGUGACCCCUCUCACAUGAGCAUCGAAGAUGAACUUCUACCUCACAACGUGACCCGCAUGUGGAGCCGCUUCGAGGUGGCCAUGCAAGAAAGAGACAUGACCCUGCAGUCAGAGGUCAUCAGACUGGAGAGACUGCACAGACUUGCCGAGAAGGCCCAGCGCGACGUCCGCUUCAACGAGGAGGCCGUAGUGGAUCUGGGUCGUCGCAUUGACGACACAGCACGAGGCCUGGACGUCAUGCACACAUUUGAGGCCAAACGCAAUGCGGACGCCCUCGACAGAGGCCUCAAGAGCGUGGAGGAAGCCAUUCGUGGUCUCUUCCGUGACUGCCAAGCCCUGCAAGACGGGAACCAUCCCUAUGCAGAGCAACUUUACAGAAGGGUGUGUGACUUGCAGUCCCGAGUCUCUCAGCUCAAGAACCAUCUGUACAGCCAAGUGGUCCACCCACUACUGAGCCGAUCCCACAGCAGCGAGGAGACAUACAGCCCGGCCCGCGUCCGAGGUGUCAUGUCGGAGAGUAGGCUGUCAGAGAGUAACCCCGCCUUCCGACAUGUGCAAGAGUGUCUAGAGUGGGUGGACACCAAACAGCGGGAGCUGGAGGAGGCAGAGUACGACAGCGACCUCUCCCGUGUACAAGACCUGUUGGCCCACCACCGACGGGAGCAUGAACAGGUGCAAGCAUUCCGAGCCCGCAUAGACAAGUGUAUAUCUGAUAGGGCUAGCCUUUCGUCAGAAGAACAAAAAGUAUACACAGAAAAACUUUCCAAAGUAGAGGUGGCCUAUUCCCUUCUUUCGAAAACUUCCAGUCGACGUCUGCGUUGCCUGGAAUCUUUCAGCGAGUUUCUGCAGAUGUCUACCGCAGAACUGCUGUGGCUCAGUGAGCGAGAGGAAACAGAACUUUCCCGUGAUUGGAGUGCCAAAGACAUCAACUUAGCUGAACUGGAUGAGCAUCACAAGUCCCUUGUUCGACAAAUGGAGGCCCGAGAGAGCCAGUUCAACUCUGUGCAAGAGAAAGGUGGAGCCUUGAUUCUGGACAGGCAUCCAUGUGCCCGCACUGUUGAGGCAUACAUGUCCACCUUGCAGUCCCAGUGGUCCUGGCUCAUCCACCUGGCCUGGUGCCUCGAGUCCCACGUAAAGAACGGUGUGGAGCAUAACCGCUUCUUUGAGGAGGCACAACACUGCCAGCAGUGGAUGUCCCGCCACUCGGAGCUGCUGCACAACCGAUUUUCCGCUGAUAACAUUCCCUUGGAUCAAGCACAACCCCUGCUCUCUGACUUGCAGGAGUUGCAGGAACAGAUCCGUGAGUACGACCGCCGCGUGUCCUCACUCGUGAUGAAAAGCCAUGAUAUACUCCCUCUGAGGCUGCGCUCUCAGCGAAUCACUGCGCCAAUCCGAGUUCGAACCUUGUGCCCAUGUCAUCAGGACGACGUGUCACUGCAGAGAGGAGAAGAGUGUUUCCUGGUGAACAACAGUCAAAGGACCAUGUGGAAGGUGAAGACCAUGACAGGACUGGAGGCUUCAGUGCCCUCUGUGUGUUUCCUGAUUCCUCCCCCAAAUCAGGAAGCUAUCGACACGGCCAACAGGCUGAAGCUACAACAUGAGCAGCUGUCCAGUCAGUGGAGAACACAACAGAGGCGUGUACGGAUGGCUGCUGUUUUCGCAGCCAUCAAACUCGUCAAAAGUUGGGACCUCAAGAGGUUCAUGGCCAUGGAGACCGGCCAGAGAGAGGCAGUCUGGCGAGCCUUGAAGGAAGAUGGUGAGAAACUCCUGGCAGAGACCGGACCUGCCGAUCGUGACAUGCGCAAGCUGGCAGACGAGCUGCGCCAAUGUGAACAGAUUUACGAAGACCUGUGUAACAGGGCAGCAGCCAAAGAGGGCAAGCGCAACGUGAGCUCAGCACAGAUUGUGCUGCAACGGAUCGAUGGCAUGAGCCGAGAACUGAACAACACUGACCAGCAGUUGUCUACCUUACUUCAUCGGCCACUGCCACAGAACAACCUUGCUGUCACUGAAUCAUUCCGAUCAUACAGGGAAUUCCAACUGAAGUUUGAGAAGCAGGAGCAGGAGAUCCGUGUGCUCCAGACAGACACGAGAGAAUUGAACCCACGCAACUCCACAGUGGAGUCAAAACUGAAUCUGGUGGUGCAGAAGGCAGAACAGAUGAAAGUCAUCUCUCACGUUUAUGUGGACAGACUGAAGGGUAGUGAGGCUGUCAUAGCAGGCCUUAAUGAGGUCAAGCAACUUGUCUCCGACUUUGAGAGCUCUCUGGCUGCCCACGAGAACAUGACCUCAAACUUGUCUGAGCUGAAGUCUGUCAAGACAGAGCUAGUGGACCUACAAGAUUCGCUGCAGCACCAGCAGCCCAAGCUGCAACACCUCAAGGAAGAUGUGCAGGCCUUAAGACCCCUAGUGGAGAAGAGUCGGCCCGGCACCAACAGACACCACGACCUGGACGGUGUGGAGCAGGAGGUCAACGACCUUGCCACCCGCUGGGACCAGAUCUGUAUCCACGUUGUGGAAAGGCUGCGUAGUGUCAGCUCCAGCCAAGACUUGCUCUCCCUCUACCACAAUGGACUGGCCUCAGAGCAGCAGUGGUCCUCCCAGAUGGAAAAGCGCAUCUCCUCCCAACCCUCCCUCAACGGGGAGGUCAGCGACGCUAAGCGACAGCUGGAGCCCACCAUGGCGAUCUACAACUCCCUGGGUGACCGCAGAUAUCAGAUUGAGAGUGUCAACCGACACGGAGGCCAGUUUAUCCGUGAAGCCAAGAUUUCAGAUAAACGUCUCCGCCAGUUUAAAGAGAGCGUCGGGCUGGACACAGCGGCUGAGGGAAAGCGGUUCAAGCGCCAUGAUGGCUCUGACUCUGUCCGAGAUGAGCUUGAUCAACUGAACAAAGUCUACAUGGAGAUGGUGGAUUGGGCUGGCACUCGGCUCCGGCAGAUAACCGCAAUACUCGAGGCUAGCGGUCAGCUACAGUUCCAGAUUGUAAUCGAUGAAGAGAUUCCCCUGUUGCGGACAUUCCGAGCUGAGAUAGCCAAAAGGUCCUCCAUGCUGGUCGAUGAAGACAUGCAAGAGUACUUUACCCAGCAGUUUGAGGACUCAAACCCUCCUCAGAACUCGGGGAUGACCCAGUCUUACACCAGCUCACUGGUCAUCAAGCCUGAGUCCACCAUGACAGCUGAGUUGGGAGAGGUAAAGAAAGUGAUAAAAGUUGUUCCCAAAAGUAAAACAGAAGAGCUUAAAGUGCAGACACAACAAUCCAACAGGACGAGCUUGACAGAGCUGUCGAUGAAUCUGAAAGCAAUGGAAGGGUCAACAUCGUCUGUGCUCCCCACUCCAACCGUGACAACCUCAUCUAUGGUGAGCGGUGCCAGGCAGCAGCAAAAGAAGCCACAGCAGCAGACAAUUGUCACUGUAAAUAAAGAAGAAGUGGCCCCCAGAGGCCAGAUCCUGCAUGUGACAGCUAUUCUCAACCCUCAGACAUCACAGAGGGUCACGCUCAUGGAGGCUCUGCAGACUGGACUCAUAGACCCCAAAACAAAAACUUUUGUGGAUCCAAACUCUCGCCAACGAUUGUCUCUCGUUCAGGCGGCAAAGAAAGGCUACUUAGAUGAAGUGGUCCUCAAACAGAUGACAUCUCCAUGUGGAUUGGUUGAUCCUCGUUCCGGGGAGGAACUGUCGCUUCUGGAUGCCAUACACAAGAAGUUGUACCUCCCACUCUCAAACACCAUUACAGACAGCAGCACAGGAGAACAAGUUUCAAUCACAGAAGCUGUAGCUCGCGGUGUCAUCUCUGAGUCAUGCUCUCGCCUUCUGGUGGGAGAGAAAGUUGAUUUGACAUCCAUCAUGCAUACUCAAGCCAUUUUUGCCCAUUCAGAGCCCCUGAAAAUGGAUGCUGGGCUUAGUCUUGGCAAAGUGAUUGAGAAAGGCCUGUACAGUGAAAUCACGGGGAAAGUCAAUGACCCACUCUCUGGUACAGACCUAAGCAUCAUGGAGGCAGUGGAGAAGGGCUACCUCAACCCCAACUUUCAGGAAAUUGAAGACCCGACCUCCGGAGACUUUAUCAGCCUCACAGAUGCUGUGUCUGCGGGUGUGAUAGAUCCAUUCAAAGGAACUUUUAACCAUGCUGCAACUAAUCAGAAACUUUCAUUGUCAACUGCCAUGAAGCAGGGGAUGGUCAAAACAGCACUGUCCCUGGCUGAUCUGGUCACAGAUGGCAGUCUGACUGAAGAUGGCAAUAUGUUUGACAGGUCCACAGGCCGUGUCAUGCCACUAGCAGAAGCCAUUGCUACUGGGGUCAUUAGCAAAGACAAAAAAUGCAUCCUGGAUCCCAGAACGGAAGACGUCAUGUCAAUAUCGGAUGCUAUAAGAAAAGGUAUAAUGACACCCACUGGAGUUUUCAUCAAUCCAGAAGACAACAAGACAUACUCUCUUCUUGACGCUGUGAAGCUUGGAGUGAUCAAAUUGGUGCAUGAGGAUGUGGAGUUUUCCAGAACUGGUGUUAAGGACCCAAGGACAAAUGAAGUAGUGACACUCUCUGAAGCUUUUAAAAGAGGUAUUGUCACCGCCCAGGGUACCUAUGUGGAUGGCAGAACCGGAAGACAGAUGAGCCUUCAACAAGCUGCCAACUCUGGGCUCAUGGACAGAAACCUGGUAAAGGAUCUCAACAAGCCAACCAGUCUGAAAGAUGCUCAGGGCAAAAAUGUGUCUCUAGCAGAAGCCCUGUUCAAGGGAAUUUUGGAUCCUGAAAGUGGGAUGGUUGAAAAUGCCAGAACCAGAGAGAAAUUAACUAUGCAGGAAGCUAUGUCAGCUGGGGUCAUCACUUCCCAUGACGCCACCAACAUUCUUAGCCUAGUGAGCCCCAUGAUGACAUCUUCCACUGUUCUCACGCAGGUCGAGUCUUCGUCUGGAUCAUCUGAGGCUAUCUCAAUAUCACAAGCCAUGUCUCAAGGCUACCUGAAUGAAGAGACUGGCUAUUUCAGAGAUCCCAAGACUGGCCGUCUGAUGCUUGUGGAAGAAGCAGUGAAGCAAGGUCUUCUCCGCCUCUCGUCAGAGUGGCCUGAAGGACCAUCUUUGUCUACAAGCUUUGACGAAAUUGAUUCAAGGUCUCUGACCAUCAGCAUGUCUCAGAAUUUCAUGACUGACAGCUCCGGCAAGAAGACGAAGACCAUCCCCAUCGAGCCGGGCUCUAAGAAACACGAGUCCAGCCAAAUUACAAAGAGCGGGUCUCAGUACUCCUUCACCACGACCACUGUGGCGAAACCACUCCUCAUGAAGUCAGUAAUUUCUGAGACCAAAGAGAUCAAUUUGAAGUCUGUGACAGACCCAAGAACAGGUCGUGACCUUGAUGUGGAAGAUGCCAUUAAGCGCAAAUUGCUUGAUCUAGAGCGUGGGCAGUAUACCAACCCACUGACAGGAGAACAGAUGAGCCUCAAUGUUGCCAUUGAGAGAGGUUUCAUCAAGGCAGAAGAGAUGGCUAGUCAUGAGGACUCCAGUGCAGAGGCUGUGAAAGAGACAAAAGCUUUCUGCAUUGUGGGGGUCAUUCAUCCCAAGACGAAGGAACGCCUCACUGUAGGCAAAGCUAUGAAAGAAGGGAUCCUAGAUCAAGAAAAAGGAAUCUACCAUGGCAUUGAUGCCUUUGGCAGACCAAACCCUAUGAAGAUCAGCGAAGCCAUCAAGAAAGGCUUUGUCAUUGUCGAGGACAUCAAUAGCCCUGGUGAGGAUGGGGACUCCAUGCUCAGGGAGACAAAGUCUUUCAUCCUGAAAACUAUUCUCCACCCUGUCACCAAGAAGCACAUGAACAUUGCAGAUGCUAUCUCUGCUGGUGUCCUUGAUGAAUCAGAGGGAACAUACAUCAACGUCAGAACAGGAGAAAGGAUUCCAAUUCAUGAAGCUAUUGAGAAGGGCCUUAUUCUUGCACAGCUCACGUCCGUCAACACUGAUGUUGAUGAGGAUAAGAAUAAACUCACGACGACCAAGCUUACAUCUCUGUCUGUGACUGCAGUUGUAGACCCUAAGACAGGACAACUGAUCUCGGUGUCAAAGGCUGUAGAGGAAGGCAUUCUGGAUCAGAGUCGUGGAAUCUACAUGAACCCUCUGACCGGGGAGUCGAUGACUCUGAGUGAUGCCAUUGACAAGAGACUGGUUCUUGCUGAGUCACCAGAGGCUCAGUCAGAUGAUCCCCUUGAGAAGGCAGAGAUAUCCAGUAUUCACAUCACAGAUGAGCAGGAGUCCUUUGAGGCUACCCUUAUGGAAGACAUUCACUCUGAAACAGUGACAAUGAGCAUCAACAGUGUCAUUGAUCCCAACACGAAGGAAAUGCUGACCUAUGAUAAAGCUUUGGACAAGGGUAUUUUGGACCUGAAGAAAGGUCUGUAUAAGAAUCCUGCUACCCGAGAGACAAUGACGAUUGGCGCGGCUAUGGAGAAAGGCCUCAUCAAUGGUGAGGUCACAUCGAAGACGAGGGAGGAUGACAUCAUGAGAAGUUCGGUCUCUGCUGCCACUCCUGCUGUGCCUGUGAAAGACAUCACUUCUGUCAUGGACCCCAGAACUCGAAAGGAAAUCUCCCUUGACAAAGCCAUCAAAGACGGUAUUAUAAAUCUGGAAAAGGGAACAUUUUACAACCCUAAAACAAAAAUCGAGAUUGAAUUGAGUAAGGCCAAAGAGUUUGGCUACUUGCUCGAGUCCAAACAUUCUAGUGCUAUGCAACUUGAGCAGUCCAUGGAGGAGGAAAAUCUGGCAGAAGCAAAAUUGUCUACCCCACGUUUACCUAAGGAAAACCAGAAGCCAUGGUCAAAGGUGGACAUGGAGCUGGAGAAGACCAUAGCUCAUGAUGACUCGAUGGAAGAUGGAACGCUUGCCACAGAAGUACUGCACUACUCCACAGAAGUAGAGGGAGAAACAGCUGACGCAACAAAGAUCCAACAACAAAGUCCAACAAGAUCUACCCUGAAGAGCAGCCCCAUGACUGUGACCACUCCUACAAGCAAGACAGAACAGCCUGCCAGUGACACUUCAACUUCAGGUUUGCUCGAAAAGACAGAGAUGGGCCUGUCUUUUAGAGAUGCUCAGAAAAUGGGACUUGUCAAUGAAGACACUGGAAAAAUCAGAGACCCCAAGUCUGGAGAGUACUUUACCCUGCAAGAAGCCAUGCACAGAGGUAUAAUUGACAUCAACCUGACUGCUCUAGAGGACCCCAGCUCAGGGAAAACUCUCUCCCUCAGAGAAUGCAUCGUCAAGGAUGUUAUCAACUCAGCAACCUGCAAGAUUGAUGAUGGCAUGGCAAGUGCACUGGGCUUUGGAGAAAACUCUCUUCCUCAACAGUCAACCAACGUGGUGUCAAUGAACCUGAUUGAUGCUGUCUCAGCUGGUUUGUUCAACUCCAUUACAGGAAAAUUUUUAGAACCAAAGACUGGUCAAAAAUACUCACUUCAGGCUGCUCUUAACCAGGGCAUCAUUGAAGGCAAUAUGGUCACAGUGACAGACACGACCACUGGAGAGAGAGUACCCUUGUGCCAGGCCAUCAGGAAGGGGCUCAUCAAUGGAACUACAGCCGAUGUCUACGACUCAGCCAGCAGGACGACCAUUCCACUGCUCCAAGCAAUAGAGAAAGGGCUGGUACAGAACAAAUAUGAUGUUGCUUCUGGCUCCAUUAUUGACAGCAAAAGUGGAGAACAAAUUCCUUUGGUGAGAGCAAUCGCCGAGGGUGAUAUCAAAUCUGAAGCCAUUGCUGUACAAGACACCACAACAGGUCAAGUGCACUCUAUGGACGUAGCACGCAUGCGAGGCCUGGUCGAUAGGUCUGGACAAGUAGUUGACAAACAGACUGGACAGAAGAUGUCACCUCAAGAGGCUUUGAAGUUUGGCCUCAUGGCCAUAGCUGGAGCACCCAUUGUUGCUGGAAAGAUGAUUGUGGAUGCCGUGAAGGAUCGGAGCCCCACCAAGACAACUUCAUCAUUCUCCAAGCAGAUGGAAGCUUCGUCUACACCAAGACCUCCCGCUCCAGCUCCAAAACCAAAGGUGACCCAGUUUUCUGAGAGCAGCAGGAUCAUCACCGAGAAGAGAUCUAGCCAGAUGUCUCAGCACAGAAGCGAGGACCCUCCAUCUUCUCCUGUCAUUGGAAAGGUGGGACAGCCUGUCACCAUCACAGUUGACCCCGCUUCACCUAUUAUGUCCUCAGGAGCUAGAGUUGGUGAGCCAGUCACUAUCACUUUUGACCAGUCUGGUCAGAGGUUUAUGCAAGACAGACCAGACCCAUCAAACACCAAAUAUAUGUCUUCUGUUACUUCUACUGUAAUGAAUGGAAGCUUUUCAGAUAGUGCCUCAGUCUCCCCUGGUGGCCAGCGGACUAUAGAGUUAGAACCUGCCACCCCAUACUCAGUGGUUAGCCCAGCUCCUAGGUCUGCAGUCUCCACAACUGUGAUGGAAGAAAGCAGACGAGAAUACAGCAGCACAAUUUCCUCAUCUCAAGACCACAUGCAGAGCAGGGUUUUCAAACAAGCGAGCAUGAAGAAUCUUGAGAUCAACUGGGAAACUGGCACUGUGCUUGACAAAACUACAGGACAAGCAAUGUCAGUGACAGAGGCGGUUCAGAAAGGCCUGGUGGACUCUGACUUGGUGGAGGAUUUAGCCAUAAAAACAUCAGGCCAGUUCCAAAGCACCCCAGAAAUCAAUAUAAACUGGGAGGAAGGCACCAUUUCUGACCAAACCACUGGCCAGGAGUUUACCAUCGAGAGAGCCCUUUCAAAGGGACUCAUAGACAUGCCUACUGCUUCUGCUCUGGCAUCGGUUACCGAAAAUACCAUGGAAAUGUCCAGAACUCAGUCUCAUGUGGCAAAGAGCUCUGUAGAAGCAUACACUCUAAAUGCAGCAGUCAGGGAUGGACAGUACAACCCUGCAACAGGACAAAUAAUUGAUCCAACAUCUGGUCUCCGAAUGUCUGUGAAGGAAGCCCUGAAUAGAGAUGUCAUUGAUGGUGACUCCUCUACUGUCAUUGAUCCUCAAACAGGACGCGAAAUCUCUCUGCAUGACGCAAUCGACAACCGCAUCUUUGAUCCUCUCAAGGGAGAACUUAUCCAAAAAGCUUCCCGGGAAAGAAUAUCUCUUCAAGAUGCUGAAAUUCAAGGCUUAAUUCCAGAAACCAAUGAAGACUCUUCCCCUCAAGGCUUAGUUCGAUCUGAACGAGUCUCAUCAAAACCUCUGACAUUGAGGGAAGCCAUGGCUCGAGGGUAUAUAGAUGAAGACAGUGAUACUUUUACAGAUCCUAUCACUAGGGAAGUGUUCUCACUAUCAAAAGCAAUUGAGUAUGGCUUGAUUUCAACCACUGAUACACCACCACCUGUCGCUCCGAAGCCCAAAAGUCCUGUGAGGCAAGUGGUCAAGGAGACUGUGACAAAAUUCCAGGAGGAACGAGAGACUGUACAGAGGCGUCCUGGAGAAAACAGACAUGCUGCUGAUGAUUCCAACAGACUGUCCUUUGCUGAAGCGCUAGACAAAGGUUUUGUUGAUUUGAAGAGUCAGCAAUAUACAGACCCAAGCACAGGAGACAGAGUGGGUCUUCUGGAUGCCAUCAGAGAUCAGAUCAUUGAUACAAACACUCCUUCGGAGCCACAGAUGGGUCAAGGCAUGAGCCUAACAAAAGCUGUUGAAGACGGUCUUUUUGACGACAGGACAGGUGUUUUCCAUGACCCUCAGACUGGAGAGAAGGUCACAUUCCAAGAAGCAGUGGACGCUAGCAAAUUGGAUCCCAAGUUCACUGUCUAUGAAGUGAAAACUGGAGAAAUAUUUUCCCUUGAAGAAGGUCUGGAAGAGGGUAAGAUCGAUCCUCAAACUGGCCGAUUCUACAAUGAAGAGACUGGUCAGAGCAUGACUCUGAAGGAAGCAGCUAAGAUGGGAGCUUUAGCCAUCAUUGGGGCUCCAUUUGCAGCAGCCAUGGCAGCAAAGGAAUCAUUCUCAGCGCGUAUGGAUGACAGCAAGGUAACUAACAAACAAGUAGAUGAAACGUCUCAACCAGACCUCUCUUUUCAGGCGACGACGGUCCGGCAGCUGUCUCCUGAUGUGCUAGAGAUCACACAGCUGCAGCAGAGUAUCCCUGCCACUGAGACGACAGAAGAAAUGAGGCUCUUGGAGGCCAUCUCAAGUGGCUAUCUCAACCCCAACACUGGUGUCUUUAAGGAUCCGAACACAGGCCGCGAGAUGCAAGUCAGUGAUGCAAUAAUGGGUGGGCUGAUCAAAAAGGACUCUGCGUCUGUGAAAGACCCACACACUGGACGGAAGAUGAGCCUGGAGGAAGGCUUGAGACACGGUGUCUUAGAUGACAAUGGUCAUGUGGUGGACCCACGUACAGGAAAUGCGAAGAAUCUGGAUGCCUGCAUCAAGGACGGAACUGUUGAAGAAGUCUCAUUGUCUGCGACUCAAGAUGGUGUCAAUGUUUUUACAAAGUCCACUCAAAAAAUUAAGGUGAGCACAGUGUAUGAUCCUGUGUCAAGAGAAAAUGUUCCUCUGAAAGAGGCCAUUGGCAGGAGUAUUGUCCACCUUGAAGAUGGCACUUAUGAGGACCCAGUCAGUGGGCAGUGUUUGACCAUCUCAGAAGCCACACAGGAAGGACUCAUUAGCGGCGUCAUCUUGGACAAGGUAACCACAAAGGAGGAAAUUACUAAAGCAGGUUCCAUCGCUGAAGUCGCUUUUGCUGAGAAGAAAACUCUGCAAAUUGAUUCAGUUCGUGACAUGGACAGUGGAAGAAAUCUCUCUCUUUCAGAAGCUGUCCGCCGAGGUAUUGUGGAUGAAGAAGGACGCUUUUUCAAAGACACUCGAAGUGGAAAUAUAAUGCCCCUGAAAGAUGCCAUCAAUCAUGGUCUUGUGUCUGCCAAGUCAGUGGAAUCUGAGAUGGAGUCAGGUGAAAGGUACGAGAAGUCUCAUAGAUCAACAGUAACUGAGUCUUCCUCCUUCAAGAUCCAAUCCGUCAUCGACCCUGCUACCAACACAGAAUUGUCUAUCUCGAGGGCAGUGGAAAAGGGCGUUCUGGAUGUGUCCAGUGGAACACUCACCAACCAGCGGACAGGUGAAACCCUGCUCAUGGGAGAUGCACUCAAGCAGGGACUGCUCAAAGUGACGGAGACGAGCGCCAGAGCUGUGGAACAGCCACACCUUGUCUCAGGAGCUACGGCAAAACAGGUAUUCGAUGCACAGAAGGAUGAGUUUAUCUCCUGGAGUGAAGCUGUACGCAGAGGAAUCAUUGAUCCAGCCACUGGCACUUACCAUGUCUCAGAUACUGAAAGUAUAUCCAUAGCGCAAGGGGAACAAGAAGGCCUGAUCGUGAAGCAGAGCAUGUCCAAGAAGCAGUCAUCUGGUGAUAAAGCCUGUGACAUCCUGUCAGUGUAUGACCCCGUCAAGGAUGAGUUUGUGAAUGUUACUCAGGCAGUCACUUCUGGGCUUCUGGAUCUGAAAGCUGGCAUCUACAAUGACCCCACUACCUUAGACCCAGUGCCUGUGCAGCGUGCUUAUCAGCAGGGCUUGAUUAAAGGCAUGUUGAAGGACAGGGAGUACUCUGAUGUUGAAAAAGUUGGCGAGUACAGCAUCAAGUCAGCUGAGGAUUCUAAAAACUCAAAAACCCUAACAGGAAGAGAAGCUGUGCAGCACGGUAUCAUUGACAAGUCUAGAAUGGAAUUUAUAGACUCCCAGACUGGAGAAGCAAUGAGCAUUUCUGAUGCUGUGCAGAAAGGUAUGGUCACUCUGGAAUCAGACCUUCCACAGCCAGUUAUCACAUCCAUGAAGGAGAAGUCUAUGACCAUCACAGCUGUGGUUGAUCCAGCCUCAGGUAAUGAGAUCACAAUGGCAGAGGCCAUCGGUAAAGGCAUAUUCGAUCCUGACCAAGGUGUUGUCGUCAACCAGAGAACAGGGGAACAAAUUCCCCUGGACAAUGCUAUUGAGCAAGGCCUGAUUAGUGCAGAUGUCGAGGAGGGUCAGCAGGAGCAUGAGGUGGCCAUCAUAAAUGGGGUCCUCAUCACAGACAUCAAAGAUCCACGCACAGACAAGUCUAUCACCAUUUCAGAGGCGAUCAAGCGAGGAAUACUGGACGAGAACAAGGCAAUGUACAACUCGGUCACCAGCAGCAUGCCCCUCCGAGAUGCUUUGAAGCGCGGCUACCUUGAAGGCAAAGAUACUUCGGACACAUCUGGAUUGUCGGAGCAGAAGAAACAAGAUGCCAAGCAGGUCAGUGUGACGAGUGUGCAGGACCCGGUCUCUGGACGCCAAGUUGGACUGGAAGAAGCUGUAGAGAUGGGACUGGUAGAUGAGCACUGCACAGUCUUCCACGACCCCUUGACCGGUGAGCAGAUGAUGAUGGAAGAAGCCAUGAAAGAAGGUCUGGUUAUUGGUUCAGUCCAGACGAUAUCCAAGUCGCAAACAACAGUGACUUCAAAGAAACCCAGUGGCACAUACAACAUAACUGGUGUCAUCGACACAGAGUCUGGCCAAGAACUUGGCUUAGAAGAUGCUAUCAACAAAGGCAUACUUGAUCCAUCUGGACACUACGUUGACACACUGACCGGGGAUGUCGUGCCUCUUGCUGAGGCCAUGAAACUCGGUCUGGUUAUCUCCGAGAAGAUCCAGAAAUCAUCUCGUCAAAACAUUACUGCAAAUCAGCGAGAUGAUGUGAACCGCGUGACCUUCAGGGACGCAAUGAGGAGUGGACUUAUUGACCCAGGGACCGGUUCUUUUUUAGAUAAAGCCUCCCAGAAGAUGUAUUCUGUAGAUGAAGCUGUAAGGACUGGACUUAUUGUCGCAUCUGAUGGGAGGCCUUUCGAGUACAGAGGUAUAAGUGAUUCAGGAAUUACUUACAGCUUCAAAAAUGCCUUGCAGACAGGCAUCAUAGAUUCUGACACUUGCCUCUUUUACGACAGUCUCACUGGAGACACUAUCUCUAUUGAAGCAGCUCUCAGAGCGGGCUACCUGUCCCCCAUUGCUGGAGCCUAUGGAGGAAAAGCGGUUGGGGAGUCGGUUGUUAUGCUCAAAGAUGGGGUUGCCCCCACGGCUGCUACCAACCUGGAAGAGAUCCUAGACUCCAAGACGGGGGAGAAGCUCUCACUGAGAGAAGCAGAAAAGCGUGGCUUGGUUUCUGUUGUGAAGACAGAUUCAAAGCUGACGCUUGAUGAAGCUCUGUCAGGCGGUCUUGUUGACCGGGAUUCUGGACUGUUUCACGAUCCUAUCUCUGGUCACAGCAUGCCACUUGACGACGCUCUUUUAUGUGACUUUGUGGCCUAUGAGGCCAACAGUCAGCAAAAUACGCCCUUGACAAAUGGUGGUGCUGUGAACGGAGUACACUCAAGAGAAAGACCCACCUCGAUUCCCUUGGCUGAAGCCGUUAGCCAAGGUUAUAUUGACACUGCUGCAGCAACGUUCAAAGAUCCACACUCCCAGGAGAAGAUUUCUGUGUCACAGGCUUUGCAGAAGGGUUUGAUAAAGCCAACUUUGACCGUGGGAGAAAGAAACGAGGAGUACGGCAAUGAAAACAAUCAAGGAAUGUCUGAUACUGUGGGUAUCUCUCAACAAUCUGGGAAGAUGUCCAACUGGAGAGCCUCCCUUGCCGAGAAGCAAAAUUCGUACGAAGAUGAGUACACAUCUGGAAUUUCUCGCUCAGAGAGACUCAGCAGAGGGCAGUCACUCACAGGAAUUUCCGAGAGACUGAGUCGAGGACAGUCCCCAACUGGAAAAGAUAUGACAGAGGAUGACAUCGACUGCAUCAGCAUCAGUUCGUCCGUAUCUGGGAAAAACUUUGAUGAUGACAGAGGUUUCUCUCAAGCAGAAGAAAUCCAGAGAGACUUCAAUGGAAUGUCCCAAGUGAAAACCAGCUCCCAAAGAACUCUUGAUCACUUCAACUCCAUUGACCGGUCAUCCACGUCCACUCCUGUCAGCGCAUACGGCGCAGAGUCUUUGUCAAGCCCUCAAAUUGUUCCUGGUAAAAAGAUAGGUAGUGGGGUAAGGGUAGAAGGCACACAGCCCACAGGUGUAGAUGUGUCGCAGAAGUCAAAAGAGGUCAAUAGGUCUUGUAUUGGAGAGAGACCAGGCAAAUCCGAGAUUGGUACUGAUGUUUCAAUUGGUCAAACUGAUCAAAAUGCUGGGCUGCCAGAGGAUAGUAGAAUUCCAUUCGCAAGAACGAGUAUUGAAGAAACGGUCAGCACAACAAUUAGUACUGAUAAGGGCACAGAUGCUGAGACUAAGCAACCAGGAUUGAAAAUGGACAGUACCCAGAGGAAGUUGGUGGCAAAGCCUGGUGACUGUGGCGGGCAAACUGCUGGAAUUGCUGCUAGUGUGGACUCGACAAAACUUUCCCAAAAGGGAGAAGGCUCUAAUAGUGCUCGAGACGCUGGAGAGAACAGCGAUAAUGGAAAUGUGAAUGAUGCAGGCAAACAGAAGAGUAUGAAAGCUUUCGAGCAAGAGAUUGAGUCCAGAGGGUCUUUCGAAAAGUCGCCUACACCAAGACAUGUUGAAAAGGCAUCGACAGAGCACAGUGCUGGAGAAAUUCCCAAAGCUACCCAGAAAGGACUUGCUGUACAUCAAAGUUCCAACGAGGUGCAUGCACUGGCCCAUGAUGGUCCCAAGGAGACUGUUUCAAACGAACCCAUUGGUGUGGUAAACAAAGGUGCUGAACGACACAGUCCACAGGCAGUUGUUAGGUCAUCAGGAAAAGAAGUGUUCAAGGGUGAGAGUCAGGCAAGUGAUCCUUGCAAGCCAACUGUUCCCCCCAAACCAGUUCAUAUACAAAGCAAACUUGCCAGACAGGAAGGUUCAGCAAAGACAGAUGUUGCUUCAGAUCAAAGUGGCAAAGAAGCCAAUGCUCGGGCUUCCGCGUCCGUAGCCAAAACGGAUGGAGGAGAGACUGUUUCACACAAAAAUGUCGGCGGUUCAAGUCCAGGAGUCAAACAGGAACCUGGGAAGAGAAAAGCUGAUAAAACACAAACAUUGGAGGAUGCAUCGAGUAAAGAUGUGAGUGAGGAGAAUACCAUGAAGGACAUUGGUAGUGCAGAAAGUGUGGAUGCCUAUGAAAGAGUUGCUCAAGCAGUGAGGAGCAUUGGGAAAGGAACAAAAGCAGAGGCAGAGGCAGUAGCACAAAAGUCUACUGGUUCUUCCAGCCCUGGAGUUAAACAGGUUACUGAGAGGAAAACUGUCGGAGAUGCACAGAAAAUUGAUGAGACGUCAAAGGGAGGUGUCUGUCAAAGGAACACAGAAAGGAACAUCACAGAAGCAACAGAUGAAGAUGUAGAAGAUACUAUUUCACAGAGGACUGCUGGGGCUUCCGGUGACAAACUUAACGAGGUGCCUGGACAGAAGCUGACAGAUUCAACACAGAGAACAGAGGGUGUGUUGAGGAAAGAAACGAGUCAAGCGGAUGCUGAGAAGGAUAUUGCUUCCUCUCAAAGUGGUGCACAGCUCAGACUUUCUCAAAGAGUUUGUGUGUCAAACGACAAAACAGAACAGAACGAUGCACAGAAACCUGUAAAUGUUUUAAGUAAUGAUGGCAAGAAGUCUGUUGCGCAAAAAAUGCCCAGCAUUCCAUCUAACGAUUCCAAACACACAACGUCUCGACCAAUAAGUCAGAAUUCCUCUGAAGGUGUUGACGAGGGUGUUUCCCAGGAUGUUUCAGGUAAAUCUGUGGAACACACCCAAGAGUCUGCAUUACUGAAAGUUUCAGAUGAUUCCGGUAAGAAAGCAAAAGAGGAUGUUACACAGAAUGUUUCAAUUGAGAAGAAGAAAGACAUUGUUACACAGAAAGUUUCUGAGAAUUCCAGCAAGAAGACGAAAGAGAAUGUAACACAAAACGUUUCCAAUGUUUCCAGUGAGAAGAAGAAAGACAAUGUUACCCAAAAAGUUUCUGAGGAUUCCAGUAAAAAGACGAAAGAGAAUGUAACACAAAAUGUUUCCAAUGUUUCCAGUGAAAAGAAGAAAGACAUUGUUACACAGAAUGUUUCUGAGGAUUCCAGUAAGAAGACCCAAGAGACUGUUACGCAGAACAUGUCCAGUGUGUCCAGUGUGUCCAGUGAGAAGAAGAAAGAACAUGUUACACAAAACGUUCCCAUUGUUCCCAGUGAGAAGAAGAAAGAGAAGGUUGCACAGAAAGUUUCUGAGGGUUCCAGUAAGACUACGGAAGAGAAUGUUGCACAGGCAAUUUCGCAUGAAUCCAAUGAAGUUGUCAAUCAAACUGUUACAUAUUCCGAUGGGUCCUGUGAAGCCACCAUGCGAACCACCUCGCAGACACGAUCUGACAUAUCAGGUGAUAUCCCAGGGGAACCUGUUUCACAACACAUGACUGGUAAAGAUGAUAAACAGGACUCUUCGUACACAAUUUCUGAUCAGCCAAGUGAAAACACAAGACAGAUGGCUGCACAAAAAGGUACUCAUGAGUCCAACGAAGAUCUCAACGUGAUUAGCCAGCAGAAUGUUUCCAAAAUGUUAGGGCCAGAUGGUAAACCAUUCACUGCACAGAAAGUGUCGACAGCGUCUGAUAAGGGUGAUAGGUCUGGCGUCGGACAAACAACGCCUGUUGUGCUCUCCAAAGAAACGCCAUCUGCUGUCCUGGAGGAAGAAGCUGUAGGUUCAGAGCAGGUUCCUGGAGCAAAUGUUGCAAAUCUGUCACAGGAGCGUUUCAAACAUGAGAUGAAUUCCAGCUCAGGUAACAAGGGAGAUAAAGCGAUUGCACCAAUUGUACCAAAUAAUUUUGCUGAUUCUGCUGAAUGUGCAGAGCAGACACAAAAGCAAAGUACAUCUGGCUCCAAGAAUAGGGCGGAAGAAACUGUUGAUAAACAGACUCCUGCAAAAGUCAUGAGAAAUGAAGAGAAGUGUAGAGUUUCUCAGGAUGACAGUGCUAAGCCUGAUCAUGGACCAGGAAAGAUGUUUUCCCUAAAAAUUGACGGUGGGUCAGAUAAUGGUGCUGGAGUGUUUUCUCAGGGACUCAGUGAUGACGCAGAGAAUGAUGGUACGCAAAGUGUCUCUCAGACAGUUACUGAAAAUGUCAAGGGUAGAAAAGAUGUUGUAAAAGCAGUUGUUGAUAACGCUAUCAGCGAGUUGCAGAGUUGUGAUGGUAAAACCUUUGUUGAAAAUGUAAGCAGUGACCCAGGGCGUGAUCAUGUACAAACGCUUCCUGACAGAACUGCUGGUGUCUUUACAAGAGACAAUGAACUGAGACUCGAUGAAGUUGUUUUUCAUGGCACCACCUCUGAUCCAGUUGUACAUGUUGUGGAUGGCAGAGUAAAUGAUUUUAGUGGAGGAUCUGGAAGUGUUGAUUCUGUCUCUGGACUUCGAGACGACACGGUUGCAGAUGUCCGUACAGAUGAUGACAAAAUUAGAGACCAUAUUCAGUCUUUAGAAAAUGCAGAACAAGCUGAAGCUCUGCCUAACACAACGGCAAUAAGCACCGAUGCGGAAGCGAGAGACAAGUUCUCUUCUCCAAUGGGAAAUGAUCUCAAUAAAGACCGUUCCUCAUGGGACUCUACUCAAGACACAGAACUUCCAGAAGCAGCGCAAAGUCGGGAGAAAGAUGUCGGAAUGACUACCCGCAUCAGACCGGCUUCUGCUUAUUCUGACGCCGAGUCUCUGAUAAGCCUUGAUUAUGAAAACCUCAUAUUUGCGUACACCAGUAAUAUGUUAAAAAAGUUCUGGAUUCCCGAGGUGGAGAAGCUUCAGCACCCUAGAAAAGGAACGAUGUUGGGUUUCCAGGAAGCUUUGGGCAGUUCUGUACUCCCCCGUAAUAUCUCAGUGCGUCAGUUCCACGAGGAAGAACCUGUGAAUAUCACAGACGCCUUGGCCUCUGGUCAGAUUGACGGCCGAAGUGGCCGUGUGGUGGACAUGAUGUCUGGCGGGAUCCUCCGCCUUGGGGAAGCUAUGGAUCAGGGUAUUGUCCUGGUGCAGUCUGUUGGGGAUCGGAUGUUGGAAGAGCACGCGUUAGGCUGCCUGAGGCGAGAACUUGGGGAAGGGCUGUUAGAUCUGGUGGUGACAGGUGGUACCAGUGCCUCCAUCAGAAUCAGGGAUAAGAAGACAGGCCUGGUUAUGACGGUCGCUGAAGCCAUCACUGACGGUCUUUUCUGUCCGGAGAAGGCACAAGUGAAAGACACUGUCAGUAACAGAUGGCUAUCAUGGGAGGAAUCGAAGCAUUCGGGACUAGUGAUCGAUGCUAUGCCUUUACCUCUGCACCGCACUGUCUUGUCUGCCAAGUUCCACCCAGCCACAGAGACAUUCCUAGACCCAACUCGUGGAGGUACUCCGGGCUUGAGCUUGUCAGAGAUGGUCGAAAGAGGUUUGAUAGAUGUCACGUCGCGGGAAGUUUUCGAUGUGAAGAAUGACAAGUGGCUCACUCUCGAGGAUGCCAUGUUUCAAGAGCUGGUGGAUCCACAUGGUAACAAGUACCUCCACAAUGUGUUUGAGCAGCCCAUGACCUUUUUAGAUGCCGUGCAGGCUGGUCUGAUUGACUGUCACGCUGAGGUUGAAGCAGACAUCUCGUUCACAAGCUUUGAUGGACAUGAGACUGAUGAAGACAGUAUGUCCAUCUCUGAUGUUGGAAAGUUCCCUAUGACUGUCUACGAUGCAUUAGAGGAAGAAAUGAUAGACCCAGAUACCAGCGAACUUCUUGCUGAUGGGGAACGACUGUCCUUUGAGGUUGCUUUCAAACGAAGUUUGAUCACUUCUGACAGGACAUACGUUCUAGAAAAGAGCAGUGGCUUAAUGUAUGACUUCAAAGAAUCCAUGGAGAUUGGGAUGGUGGACAUUGUUGAGGGGACAGUGAUUGACCCAACUUCUGGAGUGAAGUAUCCCCUCCUGAAAAGCAAGCAAAUGGGCAUGGUUCGCAACACUCCCACACCAUUCAUGGAACUUCAGACUGCAGCAGAAAUCGGGCUUCUGGACUUAGAUGAGAAGCGUAUUUUACAUCCACAGACCCGUGCAGCUAUGACUAUAACACAAGCCAUGGCAGAAGGCAUCAUUGACCCGGCAUCUCGAUUGACUGAACAUGAAGGAAGAGGCAUCAGCCUGCAGGAUGCUAUCACGGAUGGGUUUCUCAAUAUCGACACUCUUGACCUCCUUCUCCCAGGCGGGAAACUUCAGUCCAUGUCUGACUGUCUGGGCAUUCCCAGGUCCCUGAACCCAAACCGCAGGAGUUCAAUCAUUGGCAGAAGAUGCAGUUUGACUUUAGACGAAGCCAUAAACAGCGGUAUGUACGAUCCCGUUUCAAACUCUAUGAUGUCGAGAGAGGGCUUCAUGUCCCUUCCGAAGGCGUUAAACGCAGGUCUUAUCCACAACGAUUCCUUGGUGAGGGAUCCAUUUAGUGGAGAUAUCGUUUCACUGAAAGAAGCUCUGGACAAACGAUUACUGGACCCCGAGUCAGGCAAAAUGAUUGAUUCUUCUGGCAUUCCCAUUGCUCUCAAUUUUGCCCUGGAAAAAGGCCUGAUUCUCAAAUCGAAAGCUCCCCUGCAUUUGUCUUUGUCCGAGGCACUUGAUGAAGGUCUGUUCAACGUCUCGUCCAAUCAGUUCGUCAAUCCAGAUAACAAUGAAGAAAUUGAUUUCAUCACAGCUCUCGACAUGGGUAUCGUAGAUGUUGAUCUGAUCCGUGUGAGGAACACACGCACCGGGGAAAUUGUCUCACUGGAGGCGGCAGUUGAUCAGGGCAUAGUGAAUGUGGACGAAGGGACCUGCGUCAACCUAGUGGAUGGGGAAAAGUUUAACAUUGUGGACGGCAUGGACAAAGGCAUUAUCAUAGAUAGGACCAGCCAGCCUGCUGUAUCUCUGCUGGAAGCCAUCGAUGAGAGUCUUCUUGACAUUUCGUCCUGUACCUUCAAGGAUCCCGUGGGUGAUUUCUGCAUGAAUUUGAAGGAUUCUUUGGAAUCGAAUUUCAUUGACCGUAUGUCAAUUUCUGUGAGAGAUAUCAAGUCUAGGACUCUGCUGACUAUUGAUGGUGCUAUCAGCAGAGGGCUGGUUGACUCUUUAACGGGCUCAUAUAAAACAAAUGAAAAUGAAGAGGGUAUUUCCUUCCAGGAAGCUUUUGAUAACUGUCUCAUCUUUUCGGAUGCUUUCGUCCCUGACAAGAGUCUGCUGGAAGCUGUAAAGCAGGGUCUGUAUAACUGGAAAUCUGGGAAGUUUAUCGACCCUGCCACCGGCCGAGUUCACACACUCCGAGACAUGGUCAACGAAGGCUUCAUUGAUCCGGACACUAUGCUGAUAUUUGACAGCAGCGAGAGCAAGCUGAUUUCUUAUGAUGAGGCUGUGGAAAAGAAGAUACUAGAUACCAAAGUAGGCAUGGUCCUAGACACAGAGACAAAUGAACUGUUGAAUCUCCGUGAGGCUAUGGACAGAGGUCUCCUGCAGGAAAACAUCAAGAACAUCGCAUUGUCCAUGCAGCAGGCAGUACACGCUGGCCUUUUACAGAAGAACUGUGGAAGGAUCAUGGACCCGCUGUCCCGGAAGUCACUGUCAGUGGAGAAAGCCAUACAGAUCGGUUUAGUGGACGUGACACAGCUGCUUGUAGCUGUCAAUGACAAUGGAAAGUAUCUCUUUCUCGAUGAUGCCAUCCAUGAGGGUAUCGUGUUCGUGGAUGAUGACAAGCUGGUGUACUCCCGUACCACAGUGUCCCAUGACUUUGUCUCUGCUUUUAUGCAAAACAUCCUCAUUGAGAUUCCGAAAGGGGGUUUCCUUCUCGGGGAUGUGCUGUCCUCAGGGUUGUAUGACGAAGAACAUCAGCGCUUUGUUGACCCCUUCACCGGUCGCAAGUUGACGUUGAUUGAAGCAGUUCAGAGUGGGGUUAUCAAUGAGGACAAGCCUCAGGUGGCUGUUCCUGACUUGGGCAUCUUUUCCCUGAGACAAGCCAUUGAUAAAGGACUGAUAGAUCCCCACACAGGCAACUACAUGGCUGCCAGCACGCCAUUCUCACUCACAGAAGCUGUGGGCACGAGACGUUUGCUCAUCGCCCAGCACACGCAGACAGAGGAAGAGUUUCGGAGAAGUAUGUCAUCCCUUGGUAGUUGUGAGUUCCUCCCUUCUCCCGUGUCCUCCAGGUCCUCAGUGGUUGCCCUGUCCAAAGACACAGAGAGUUCAAUGGACACAGACUCCGUGGAUUCCAGCCGCAGAGCUGUGGACAGCAAAGCUGAAUCGCGGUCUCUGAGUGAGAUGUCUAGUGAUGACGAGGACAGCACACUGAGCUGUUCCAGCCAUGUAGAGAACGUUCCACUUCAACCACAUACACAUUCCAUCUCCAUGCCACAGGAUAUAUCAAUGGACGACCGUCUUUCUCAAGACGGGAAAACAUUCUCAUCUCAACGUAAUUCUAGGUCCUUCAAUGUUGAUAUGAAUGUCCCAUUUGAUGAUAAUCUUGAUAACAGAAAAUCAUCCCCUGGCCGAGAAAAUGGCUCCACUGAUUCCGAGGGAAACAUUAUUAUCUCCAAAGAACACAAGGCUGGCCGAGUGGAGUUCAACUUUCACCAUUCUGUGGAUGACUUUGUGGACGAGGCUACAGACAUGUCCAGUGGUAGUCCACAGGCUUUUAGAAAACUUCCUGAAAGCCUGGAUGUUAGCUUUACUGAGAGUGAGGCAUCCUUACCCUCCCUACCGAUGACAUUAGAGGGGGAGGGAGAGGAGGAGAUCCCCUCUGUCGCCACCAGAGCCUUCCACGAGAGAAGUCAGAGUUCAUGCAGCGACAGCAUUCACAAAGACCAGGGUGACCAGGUUGAAGGUCCCAUGAGAACGGAGCGAAGUCACAGCACAAACGAUCUAGAGUCUCAUUUCGGAAGCUACGCCGCCUCAAGGAGGGAAGAGUUACUCCGAGAUCUUCAGUCCAGGUGGAGCCCUCCUGCCGAUGAACUCUCCGCGUCUCUCGACUCACUCCUGCAAGAUGCCAUUAGAAAACAGCUCAUAGAAGAGAAACCCAUGUCUUUGUUCAACACUAUUGACAAAGGAGUUUACGAUGACAUUAGUUCCUUUUUCUGUGACCCGGAGACUGGGCAUAUUUUAACUUUGAGAGAAGCUAUUGGAGCAGGCCUUCUUGAUGAAAGUGUUCGAGAAGUGAUAAGCUCCAACACAGAGCAGCCACUGACAUUAAAAGGUGCAAUCGAAGAAGGUAUAAUUGAUGCUGAAAAGGGAAAAUUUUUAGACAAACGUACUGGUACUGUACUGACAUUGAAGCAAGCGAGGGAUGUUGGUCUGAUAUUCAAGGAGAAAUACAGCCCAAGAAAUACUGUAGAGAUUCUUGUUGAAGAUGUCUCCGAGGGAUUGGGCAAAAGAAAACUUGAGGAUGCCUUCAGUAGUGGCAUUUUACAUCGCUCCAACUCUCAGGUCAUUGAUCCGGACUCUGUUCAGGGCAUAACGCUCAGAAGGGCGGCAAGCAUGGGCCUCAUAGACCUUAAGAGUGGUGAUUUCAAGAACCCACAGACUGGAGAAACAAUGUCUAUCGCAGCUGCUGUUGAGAAGGGCUACAUUCUGAGUCCCCAAGGUCUGUCUCUGUACAGCGCUGUUGACCAAGGCUUGUACUUUGAAAUGACCGGUAAGUUUAUCCAUCCAGCCACUGGAGCUAUCAGAUGUCUAGAGGACCUUAUAACUGAUAACGUCAUUGCUGUUCAACACCCUGAGAUACGGGACUUGAGCCAAGAGACCAUCAUCUCCCUCGGUGAGGCCAUAAAGAAAGACAUAGUGGAUUCUCAGGAAGGAAUGUACGUACACCCCAGCUCACACGAGAACAUCAACUUUAAAGAAGCAAUAUCUGCUGGGCUCAUCAUUAGUACAAGUACUCGAGAAGGUCUUCAUGAUCCACAACGAUCUUUGUCACCUAGCUCUGGACAGAACCGAAUGAGGCAGAAAUCACCUUCACCUCAUCGGAAUGGAAAAGGCUCAAAAUUAUCAGUAAACAAUGGUUCCCAGAUGUCAUCGCCUACAAUUAUGAAAGAUGAUGAAAAAGCUAGUAGCAUGCGUUCUUCUUCAACAUCCCCAAUGAGAGAUGGAGUCAGCAGUGUAUUGAGACCAACAACUAAAGUUAUUCAAAGUUCUCUCACUGUUCCUGAUGCUUUGCCUGGGGAGUUGCCCACUAAGUCAGGGCUAAGUCAAGUAGAAAGAAAUCGCAGUACAUCUUUGUUGACAGACCAGAAGGUGGACACAAACACUGAGGGCGUGCCUAGCUCUUCUCAGAGGACGCCAUGCCAACGUGUCAGUGGUGAUGAACAUAAGGGCGCAAGCAGUGAGGCCAAAAGAGAUGGAUCUGAGCUGGCCACGCCUGGCCAAAAGAGUAAACCUUCCUCUUCCAAAGAACCAAAGAGUUCGACGCCUCGGACCAAAGCAAAUGACCCCAUGCCUGGUACUGAAAUUAAAGACCAGGAGCUCAACAAGACUGUAUCUGGUAACAAGACUGCAGCCGGUAGUCCUGCUGCACCUACAGACAUUCCAUUCAGUCCGUCAACUCUGGUGGACGGUCAUGACUCAACCUUUGAUGAUUCGUCUGCGUCAUUGAACCAGACAGCUAUUUUCGUUGCAAGAGGUAAAGACCAAACUGGUCAGUUAAAAAUGCCCGAUGGUGAUUCAUCAGUUGCAGGAAAAUCUCCAGAGAAGAAAGAAAGUGUGUCCAGGAGCACAUUGCCAAGAGUUGAUGGUAAUGGGAAUGUUCCGCAAAUAGAUGAUAUUCCUGAAACAACAAAUCUGCCGGCGAAGAAGGAUCCUUCCAAGAGUGAUACAUUAUCUACACAGGGUUCUGGUAAUGUGCAAAGUACUGAUGUUGCAUCAAGCACAAAGACAGAUGAAGUUGAUUCUGCAACAAGGGAAACCAGGGAUGGCAAAUCAAAGCCUUCUUCUGAGCACGACGACAAAGUGCCAGGGUCCCCAAGCACACAUUCUAAAGAACCAAAGAUUUCUGGGGAUAUGUCUUUAACACACCAACUGUCUUUUGACAGCAAACAAGGAAAAGAAGAUAAGGCUGGGUUGUAUGACAAAAGUGACACAGCUAUCCAGAAAAUUCAGAGGCGCUCAAAGGCUGGGGAUAUUUUGCUCAUCGAGGAGGAUGAAUCUAAAGAAGAUGCUAGUUCUCUUGGCGGAGAUCACCAGAAUAUUGUAGGUAAAGGGCUGGCAAUAAGAGCUGGGUUUGUCCCAGAGGAAAACUUGUCACAUACUGGCGAUGUGAGGGACACUGAAAGAAGAUCCCAUCCAAACAUAGCUGCCCACUCAGCAGAUUUGACUGGUUCACAAGAAAGUCCUGUACCGAAAACCACAGAUCAGAUACUGAAUGGCCAUGCUAACAUUGGAUCUGACAGCGGUGACAAGGACCAGGAAAGCUGGGAACAAGCUCAGCAGCUGAAAAUGUUGGCAGAUGGGUUGGGUGAAAAUGCACAAGCAAAGCUUGCUGGAAAGGGAAUGGACAUGAGUAAAUGUGUGGCAGUCAGAGAGUCUGGCAGUGAAGACAAAGUGACAUCUCCCUUGUCAGGAAAGGACCGUGCUGAUGACAGAACACGCUCGGGCUCCGAAAGUCCUUCCUCGGGUACUGACACAAAGAGGAAGGUGGACAUUCCUACCGGUGACGUGCAGCUACAACAUGAAAGAACUGCUGAUCAGAGAGAACAAGUCAGUGGUCAGAAAAAGGAAGCUCUUCAUUCCACAGGAAGUUUAGACAAUGCCAGGGAAGAUCCUGACAGGAAAAGUAUACCAGUGUCACAAGUUAGUGAAGAUACAGACACAGGUGUUCAUAUCUCCCUGGAAGUGGACACAUCCAGUUCAGGCAAAGUAAUGACUUCUCUUAAGAGAGACUCUGUUCCUUACCUUGAUGAGCCAGAUAUUGUUCCAGGUGGUAGCGAUAGUGCUCCAGGGGCACUGGCAGUGAAAGAGAAGGACAAACGAGGUCAUCUUAUCCCUGAACAACAAGGGUCAUCUGUAGAUCCUGUUUCACUGACAAAGGUGAACAGCUCUGCUGAUAGCAGUUUAUCUGAUGUUAAUGCAGUGUCUUCUGUGGCUGCUGGUAUUGACGAAUCUGAAGAUUUCCCAAGACCUGUAACAGUUGGACUCAGCAAGCCACGAAACAUAUCAGCUGUUUCGAACACAGUGUCAGAAAGACAUCAAGAUGGACAUGAAAUACCUGAAGAUAAACAGGUUGAAAAAUUGUCUAGUGAUAGUUCUCAUGCCUCACAUAUUCAACCAUUCAGUGCUGCAACUACGAGCGGGCAGUCAGCACCGUAUGAAUUGUCAGAUGGUGAAGAUAAGUCAGAAGAGAAAGACUUUGAAGAUAGAACUGAUGAACAGAAAGAAAUUCAAAAGCAGGGGCAACAUGCCACCACUCAAGAUUCUGUUUCGAGAUCAGAAAAACCAGAAGACGAGUUGGAUACCAAAGAUAGAGUCGAUAUGGAUGAGCAAAGAACAGGGGAGGGUGAACCAUCAUCAACUGGUGCCGUUCCUUCAGCUCGUAAGAAAACUGUGAGGUUUGACAGUGAGUUGGAUAAAUAUCAUGAAGAUAAGCUUUUGUCUGCCCUGGAGACUGGGCAUUCAGCAGUAACAGUAGCUUCUGACCAUCUGACUGAGCCUUCUAUCCCUAGCACAAUAGGAGAAAAGAUGGUCCCUGGUCAGAAUGCUAAGACUAAAGAUAUGAUGGAUUUGAAUCAAGACCCAAGGAAGCAACCUGAAGAUUCUAAGGAAUGUAAGGGAAUUGUCAAAGUGGAAGGUACAAAAAGAACUUUGUUGGUGAAAGAUGGAGAGGCUAACGUGGAAGACAGCUCUCGCACUUCUGCGCGUAAUGAAAACAGUCCAAAGGAAAGAGGGCUCUCAACUGAAACGGACUUGGGUCGUGAUGAGACAGUGCAACCAGACUCUAAAAAGGUCAGUGGAGCAUCGACUGAGAACUUACUUCCCACAGGAGGAAAGAGUACUCAAUACCUUUCUAAAAGCAUUUCUGCUACUAUGGAACUUGGUGAGGAGAGUGGUGUCUCUCAAACGAGACAGAAUGAACAGGAUGAUAAUGAAAAUUUCAAAACAACACAAAAGUUAUUGUCUGGUGCAGGUAAUCCAGUAGCAAAACAAAGGGCAAAACAGAGCUUUGAAAAUGAAGAACCUUUGGCUGGUCGUUCUGAAGCUGUCUCUGUGGGCCAAAAGGUCAGAGUGCACACUCUCCCAGGCGAACCCAUUUCUGGUACUUUGGAUGAAAGUGACGUUUUCUCUCCGGCUAGACGUGGACAAAAGUUGACACCACAAAAUGAAGAGAGCUGUCAGGAGAACCUUAGUGGAAAAGGUCUGGAGGAGGUACGUGAUGCUCUUCCAGGAGAAAAAUCUGUACCAGACGGAUCAUCUGAAAAUGUGUCCAUAUUGAAACAAAGGACACCGGAGCCUCCCAGCAAUGAAACAUCGAUGACAAGUUCAGUUUCAUCAGAUGGAAAGACCGAAAGCCGUCAAUUAUCACCAACCAAAGACACACCUCUUGACACUUCGUCAAAAUCCUCAAAGUCAGGGCUAAGAGUUAGAUUCAAAGAUGUAUCCCCUGAGGUAGAAAGUGUCCUUACCCCCGAUUCCGAACCCGGUGGUUUAGAUCCUGCUGCUAACUUAAUGGGUGGUAGUGACUCCAGAGGGCUGGAGGAGGGCACAGGAAAAGAAGCAGGGGCAAUGAGUCCAUCAGAAGCUCUUAGACCAGGGCUUAGUCUGAUAGAGCAUCUGCAGCGGGGCGGGGCAGGGCGUGGCGUGGAGCUUCUGUCUCCAGGCUCCCCAUCCUCCCCCUUGGACGACCGAGAAGCUGGAAGUCCAGAGCUGGAGGCACUGCGGCUCACAGACAAACUGUUCAAGCUCAACCUCAAGGCCGGUGUGGCCGCGCGGGAUAGACGCAAGGGUCGCAUGGCAGACUCAUAUGACAAGCUGUUGCAAGAUCUCUCUGCCGAGCAGCACAGACUUCAUGAGUUUGAGCAAGUCCUCAAGGAAGACACACAAAUGGGAGACGAGGCUUACAAGGUGCAGAGUCAGCUACAAGCCCACAAGGCUGUCCAAGAAGAGAUAAGCGACCACCAGCAGCCCAUCCUGUCCCUGAUCUACCAGGCGGAGCAGCUGACAGAACACUUCCAGGAGGAGCUCACGCCAGAACAGGUCACACAGCUGGCUGGGGACGCAGCCACUCUCAAGAAGUUACUGGAGAAGGUGGUGAGGACAUCAGAGCGCCGAAUGAAACACCUGAAGUUGGCUGCUGAGGAACUGAGCAAACUGGAGACAGAAAUGGGCAAGUUCAGCACAUGGAAGUCUGCAGCUGGCAAUGAGCUUUCACGGCUAGAGGACUGCCUCCAGAGGUUUGAGGACUUGAGACCUCUUCAGGACAAGCAGAAGGAGCUGAUGAGUGACAUCAUGUCCCACCAGGCUGACAUCCGCUUCAUGUCCAUGGCAGCACAGAAGUACAUGGAAGAAGCCAAGCUUCACAAACUGGAGAUCGACUCAUACCGCGCAGACCGCCAGCGUCCAGCCCGUAGCAGUCUUAUCAGCAUGGAUUGUGUGGCAGCUGACAGUGUGAAAGACCGGCUCAAAGAGGUGUCGGAGGACUACUCAGAGCUGAAGCAGAGGUGCUCGUCUCUGGGUGAUCGUCUUUCUGACGUGAGUACCAAACAGCGCAAUUUCAACGACUCUGCCUUCAAGAUGCUGUCCUGGCUGGCAGAUGCCGAGGAUGCUCUGGCCUCUGUCAAACAAGACAGCGGCACUCCUGACCCAGAGGCCCUGCACGGCCAACUUGAUCGGGUCAAGUCUCUGAGCAGCGACGUUCUGGUUCAGGAAACACAACUGGAAGACAUGCGGAGGAAGGGCCAGGACCUGACCAACAGCCUGAGUGGCAUGGCAGCAGAUAGGGCACAGGUGGAGAAACUUGAAGAAGACAUGCGUGAGAUAGAGGCUCGCUACACAAAUGUCUCUGAGUCAGUGAGCAGUCAAGCCAAGCUUCUCCAGGCGACCAUCACACAGUCCCAGGACAUUCAGGGGGCGUUGUCUGGCCUGCAGUCCUGGCUGGACACAGCAACAACCGCGAUGGUCACCCAGCAGCCCAUCAGCUUGGAGAGACCGGUCAUCAUGGAGCAAGAACAGCAAUUCAAGAUGAUGGCUGCUGACAUUCACAGCCAUGGCGACAGCAUUGAGUCUGUACGUACAGCCACCAGAGACCUCAUCAAGUCAGGGGAUCUUCACAUGGCCAGAGCUUUGGAACAACAGCUUGCCGACAUUGAGGACAGCUUCAGCAAAAUUCAGGAUUCCUGCCAGGAACGAGACAGCGCUUUUCAGGAAGUGGGCGGGAAACUGACCGAGUUCCACGAGAAGAUGGACACUUGCCAGAACUGGUUCCAGUCAAAGAUGGAAGACCUACACUCUCGAGAUAUGAACAGUAUGAGCAACGACGAGGCUUCUGAGACACUAACCAUCAUGUCUCAAGAUCUGAAAAACAAAGAAAGAGACAUUGCAGUUCUGCAGGAUAUCGCUAAAGAACUUAAAGAAGACCCUCGCACAGGCAGUCUUUCUUCCAUCACGGCAGCCAUUACAGAAUUGCGGAAAAAUGCGGAGGAGUUUGAGUCAGCCCUCAGUGAGAAGCAGGCUGAGGUAGAGCAGAGAGAGCAACAGGGUAACGAGUUUGAGUCUGCCAAAACCAUGAUGCAGCUCUGGCUUGCUCAGAUGGAAGCCAGGCUGGAUGAGUUCGAGCCUGUGGCCAUUGAAGUUGACUUUGUGGAGAAACAGAUUGCAGAGCUGCAGCCCAUGUUGGGAGAGUAUGAGGAGCAUGGCCCAAAAGUGGACGAGGUUAAUGACCUUGGCAAUGCCCUUGAUGCUCUGACCAGCUCUGGUGACCGGCCGCUCAGCCCAAUCCGUCGUCUUGGACGCACCCGUCGCAUUCCGGGCCUGGUGUCCCCCCGGCUCCGUACCCCGUCCCCUACGUUCCCCCUGUCCCCCACGGCCCUGAAAACCUCCAUGUCCAGCGAGUCCAGUGGCGUGAGCAGCAGGAAAAGCUCGUCAGACAACAUUUUGCUGGACGACCUAUCAGAGACCCAGCAACAGCUCCUGGACAUCAACCAGCGCUACGAGAUCCUGGGAGAGCGGCUGGCGGAGAGACAACAAGAGCUCCAGGCCGUCCUGGCCUCCAUACGCAGCUUCAGUCAGGACAUGCAGGAGGUUAUCUCGUGGCUAGAGGUCAAGGACAGACAAAUGACGGAUGCUGGCUCCUCAGGAAUCCCGGCCAGUGAGAAGUCUGCCAAGAAAAUGCUGAAGAAGCAUGAGGAGUUCCACCGCGAGCUGCUCAGCAAAGAGGGUCUGGUGGAGGACAUCAGGAAGAAGGCCCAGGAGGUGAUCAAAUCCCGGCCGGGCGUGGCAGGACUUGACAGUCUACAGUCUCAGCUUGGUGACCUCGAUGACAAAUGGCAUGGCCUCCGGGCAGUGUCUGAGGAGCGACGUAAGGGCCUGGAGGACGCGGUCAGCGACUUGCGGGACUUCCGCGAGCACGAGGACCAGCUGAGUCGCUGGUUCGGCCAAAAAGAGAAGUUGAUGGAUGUACUAGGUCCCGUGGCGAUGGAGCCCUCACUGCUCAAGUCACAGAUGGAGCAAGUCAAGGUGUUGAAGGAAGAAUUCAAGACCCAAGAAGCAACGUUUGACCAAUUCAUAAACUGUGGUCAAAAUAUCAUGGACUGGUGCGACCCCCACUCUCCGGAGGGCUCUGGCAUCAGCAAACGCAUGGACAACGUCAGCAAAACCUGGAACAAGCUGCAAGGGCGGCUGAAAGAGAGAGAAAAGAACAUCGACUCAGUCCAGGGGGUCAGCGGAGAGUUCUCCAAGGUCACGCGAGACCUGGCCGAUUGGCUGGGAGACUUCAGUGACCGAAUGGACAGACUGCCCAAGGUCAGCUCACAACCGGAUAAACAAACAGCUCAGAAGCAAGAGAUGCAGGAUCUUGAGCAAGAGAUGCAAGAGCAUCUUCCAGCCGUGGGCCGAGCCAAGGAACUGUGUAAACAGCUGUGUGACUCAGCCAAGGACCCUGCCACCAAGUCAGACUUACGAUCAAAGAUGGCUGCCUUGGACAAAGAUCUCAACGACACACUGAAGAAAUUGGAAUCCCGCGCAGAAGCCCUGGAAGCUGCCACACAGGCAGGCAAAGAGUUCAACGCCGAUUGUCAGCAGAUGUUGAACUGGAUCCAGACCACGUCAGCCAUUGUGAUGGAUGCCCCGGCACUGACCAGCGACGCAGACUUGAUCCAGAGACAAGCUACGGAGAACAAGAAUUUAAAGCAAGAUCUCAAGUCUCGAGAGCCUGACAUCCAUGUGCUCCUGGACAAAGGUCACAAGUUCCUUCAGGAUGCUUCCCCCACGGAAGAGACACGCGCUCUAAGGGAAACGCUGGAGAGACUUGGGGCUGAGUGGGGAGAACUCAAGGAAACUGUGGAGGAGAGAGACACAAAGAUCAGCUCAGCCGCAGCCAAUGCCCAAGCAUUCCAACAGAGCCUGGACAAGAUGCUUUGGUGGUUGGGCAAUGCUGAGGACAAAAUGAAGCGACUCACACCAGACACAUUCGAUAAGGCCACUGUCUCAGGGAAAAUGAAGGAGUUACAGGCUCUUCAGAAUGAGGUGUUGAGGAAGUCACAUGAUCAUGACAAUCUGAACCGUGAAGCAGACAACUUGCUGGAGGCUGUGGAAGACCCGCACGGAGAACUGCGUCACCAAGUGGAGGAGAUCAAUCGCAGAUGGGACAACAUCAGCUCAGGUCUGGGCGAAAAAUCCCAAAGCUUGGAGGAUCUUCAAGGCCGUUUAGCAGAAAUUGAGGACAACAUGUCGGACGCCAAACACAACUUGACGCGCUGGGAGGACAAACUGGCAGCUCAUAUGGACAUGGGCACUGCGGCCAGGGACCCCAAGCAUAUUGACAAAAUCAAAGCUUUACAAGACGAUGUCUCAGGCCUCACCUCCCAGUUGGACUAUCUCGACGCCCUGGUGGAAGGAGUUGACCUUAACGACAACGCCGACCCCACUGAACUUCAGAACCAGGCCAAGGUUGUCCGAGACCGACACAGCCAGCUGGAGAAUGAGGUGGGAGAGCUGCUGACCAACAUGGAGACUGGCUCCUCCAUCGUGUCUCAGUUCCAGGACAUGCUGAAAAAUGUGUCAGGCCAAAUGACAGAGCUGGACUCGGAGUUGUCCCAGAUGACACCUGUGUCCAGGGAUGAAGACGAACUCGAUUCACAACUGAUGGAGAUCAAGAACUUCAAGCAGCAGUUAACAGAUAAAUCAGAGCCUCUCUCAGACCUAAAGGAGCAGGCACAAGACCUCCAGCUUGCCGGCUUCGUCUCUCAUCCUGAAGCUCUCAACUCACAGGUCGGAGCUCUGCUGUCCCAGAACAUACGCUUGGCAGAGAAAGCGGAUCAGCGAGAGGGAGAGAUAGAGACCACAGCUCAGAAGGUCCGCGAUGUGAACAACACCCUGAAAGAACUGAGAAGCAAGAUUGACAAAGCAGUGUCUUCAGUGGAUGCCCUCAAACCAGUUGGCAGCAAUGUCAAUGUCAUCAAAGAACAGCAGGAGGAAUUGAAGAAGUUCAACAAGGACCGUGUGGACCCUCUGCAGAAGCAGCUUGAUAAUGUCAACACCGACCUGCAAGGCCUGAUCCAGUCGGCGCCCUCUGGUGUGAACACAGGCGGCAUCGAUGCUGACCUCGAAGCUCUACAAGAACAGUGGUCUGAGCUUAGUGAGAAGGUGUCGGAGAGGGAGAGGAACCUGGACAAUGCUCUGCUACAGUCUGGCAAGUUCAAGGAUGCUCUAGAUUCACUCCUGGCCUGGCUCACCGAGACCGAAGACACAAUGGCCAGCCAGAAACCGGCCUCACCUGAGGUGCGAGUGGUCAAAGCUCAGCUUCAGGAGCAAAAGCUUCUGCAAAAGAUGAUUGAUGACAGGGCUCCCAGUGUGGCCUCGGUCCAGGACUCUGGCAAACAGCUUCUGUCCGGACUGGAUGGUGCGGAGCGCAAAAAGAUGGAGGCAGAGAUGAAGUCCCUGGACAAGCGAUGGUCAGCGGUAGCAGGAAAUGCCGGAGACAGAAUGAAGACCCUGGAAGAAAUGGCCGAAUUGGCCCGUCAGUUCCAGGAGAUUCACGAGCCCCUGGCAGUUUGGCUUGACCUCAGUGACAAAAAGUUCACGUCUCUCGAGCCCAGGUCAGCGGAUGCGGAAGGCAUUGAGAAACUCAUCGGUGAACUUAAGCAUCUACAAGAUGAGAUUUCCAAACGCGAGGGACCAGCUCGAGAAUUGGCCUCUCUCGGCAAACAGCUGCAAGACCAUUGCAAAGGUGAAGACAUUGUCAUUGUACAAGUGAAGAUUGAUGAGGUGCAGAAACAACUGAGUGACCUGAAGAACAAAGUGGACGACUCUCUGGAGCAGAUGGAGGAAGCACUGCCCCUGGCUCUACGCUUUGAGGAUGCCCACGAGAACCUUAUGGAAUGGGUGGCCCGCAUGGAGCCAGCACUGAGGAGCAAGGAGGGCACAGGGUCCGAGGCUGAGGAGGAAGUUCAGAACUUCCUUGAGCAACUGGAUGCUGUGCAACCAUUCCUAGAAGUUCUUAACAAUGAGGGAGCAGAGCUGGCCGAUGUUGCCCCCGGCGAUGCUGGCUUACGUGUGGAGGAAGUCGUCUGCAAGGACAACAAACGGUACGACGCAAUCAAGCAGCAAGUCGAGAAGCGGGCGGAGAAAGUGAGGAUGUCAAGGCAGAGGUCAUCAGAGUGUGUCAACGAACUCGGUGACCUCAUGGAGUGGUUUGAGAAAGGUGAUGACAAACUAAGGGCCAUGUCGCCUGUCAGUGACGAACCAGCCAAGCUGCAGGCUCAAUUGGCAGAAAUUAAAGCCUUCAAUGAAGAGGUUGGCAACCAGCGCUCCAACAUGCGAGACGCAGUGACGGCUGGCAAGAAGCUGAUACGUGAGGCAAGUGUUGAGGACGAGGAUGCCAUCAGAGAGAAGAUGGAGCAGCUCAAGGAUAAGUCCGAAGCUGUUGCCGGGGCAACGGGAGAGAGACUCAGUCAACUUGAGCAGGCUUUGCCUCUGGCCAAGUCUUUCAAGGAGACUCACGAGGAGCUAGUGGACUGGCUGGCAGAAGUGGAGCCUGCCCUGGCUGAGCUGAGUGUCAUGUCAGUCGACGCCGACCAGGUCAAGAAGCAACAAGAGAGCGUCAAGGCCUUGAAGCAGGAUGUUGCGGACCAUAAGCCCACAGUGGACAGACUCAACAAGACGGGAACAGUCCUGGCCCAGCUGGUCAGCCCCGAGGCGGCCAACGUAGUGCACGACAAACUGGACAGUGACAACAGCCGCAUGGAGGAUGUGAGGACGGCCGUCAGGGAGCGGUCAAACUCCAUUGAUAUUGCCAUGCAGCAGUCUGCCGAGUUUACGGAUAAACUGGAAGACAUGUUGGAGAAUCUGACCACGACGGCAGAAACGUUACAGAAUGCCGAGCCCAUCUCCGCUCACCCAGACAAGAUUCGUGAACAGAUUGAAGAGAACAAGGCUAUUGAUGAGGAUAUGCAAAUGAGGUCAAACGCCCUGUCAUCCGUGAAGGAAGCUGCGGAUGAGCUGCUCAAGCAGGCUGGAGACAUCUCAGACCCCGCUGUCAGAGACGUUCAGCAAAAGCUGGAGGAGCUCACACGCCUCUACAACGACAUUCAGAACAACAUCCACGAGCGAAACACGGCCCUGGAGGACACGCUAGGAGUUGGGGAGAAGUUCUGGGAGGACCUCCACUCGCUCGCCGGCUCCAUCAAGGAGCUCCAGGAAGGCCUGACCAGCCAAGAGAAGCCGGCUCUGGAGCCUGAGGCCAUCCGGGAACAGCAGGAGGAGUUGGAGGCCUUUAAAGAGGACCUUGUGGCGUCCCAAGCUGACCUAGAAGACCUGCAACAGACGGGUGACCAGCUCAUGGGACUGGUCGGCGAACCUGAGAGGCCGGAAGUGAAGAAAAAUAUGGAUGACACCGAGACCACUCUCAACGAGAUCUCAGACAAGGUGGAGAAAAGGUCCAAAGACCUGGACACAGCCCUGGCCAAGGCCAUCACUUUCCAGGAGGAGAUGCAGAAGAUGAUGGUCUGGCUGCAGACACAAGAGGAAACCUUCAAGGACAUGGAACCCAUUGCCACCGAGUUUGAAGCCAUCAAGUCACAGUGGAAUGACAUUAAGGUGUUCAAGGGCAUUGUUGACCCCAAGCAUGUGGCCGUGGAAGCUCUGAACCAACAGGCGGAGGAGCUGGCCCGGGACUGCACUGUGGAGCAAGCCGCUGUGGUCAGGGAACCGGUGGCCGAAGUCAACCAGAGGUGGGAUGGACUGCAGGCCAACAUUGGAGAGAGACAGCGAGACCUCCAGAUGGCCCUGUUGAACCUGGGCCACUUUGACCAAGCAUUCAGAGACUUCCGGACCUGGCUUGACUCUAUGGACAGCACACUGGAAGAACUGGAGCCAGUGUACGGCGAUCCCAAGAUCGUGGAGAUUGAGCUGGCCAAACUUAGGAUUGUUCAUAACGACAUCGCUGCCCAUGAAGAAAACCUGGACUCCUUGACAGAGGAGGCGAGCCGACUGAUGGCUCAAGAGAAAGGUGCCGAGGCGGGCAAGUACAAGCGUAAAAUGGAUGACCUGAGCAAACACUGGGAGAAAGUGAAGGAUAAAGCCGCCCUCCGCCAACAGCAACUGGAGGAUGCUCGAAGAGAGGCCCGAGGUUUCACUGAGGAACUGCAGGAAAUAAUGAUGAAGAUCCGUGACCUUGACAGUCAGAUGAUCACGUCGCAGCCUGUCGGAGGACUACCCGAGACAGCCAAGGAGCAGCUGGACAAGUUUAUGGAGGUGUAUGCCGACAUGGAGAAGCUUGAACCAGCCGUGCAGAGCCUACAACUCAUGGCCGACAAACUGGCAGCCAAAAGCCACGGGGCCCCAGCGGCCAGUAUUCGCCACAACAUGAGCAAUCUGCAGCAAAAAUGGAACCAUCUCCGGUCCCGAGCCCAGGACAGAAAGAAAAAGCUGGAAGAUGCUGUAGGACUUGCUGGCAACUUCCAUGUAGAGCUGAACAAAUUCAUUGGCUGGUUGACGGAUACUGAGAAGACACUGAAUAAUCUACAGCCAGUCAGUCGACUGGUCGACAGGGUUACCAAACAAAUUGAGGAUCACAGAGGAUUACAAAAGGAUGUCAGUGGCCACAGAGAGGCCAUGUUUGCCCUGGACAAGAUGGGCACUCACCUCAAGUACUUCAGCCAGAAGCAGGACGUGAUCCUCAUCAAGAACCUGUUGACCAGUGUCCAGCAUCGAUGGGAGAAAAUUGUGUCCCGCAGUGCAGAGAGGACGCGACAUCUCGAGAGGGGCUACAAAGAGGCAAAGCAGUUCUAUGACUCAUUGAGAGACUUGAUCCAGUGGCUGACGGAGGCUGAAGGAGCUCUUAACUCCGAAACCAGCAUCAGUAACGAACCAGAGAAAAUCAAAGCCCAGAUUGCCAAACAUAAAGAGUUCCAGCGACGUCUUGGAGCUAAACAGCCAGUGUAUGAUGGCAUCAACCGUGCUGGUAGCACAUUGCAGAGCCGCUGCCCGACGGAGGACAAACCUGCCAUCCAGGCCCUGCUGAACGACCUGAAGAACAGAUGGAACGCUGUGUGUGGGAAAUCUGUGGACAGGCAACGAAAGCUAGAGGAGGGCCUUCUUUUCACUGGUCAGUUCAACGAGGCACUUCAAGCUUUGCUGGACUGGCUGGUCAAGAUGGAACCAGCCCUGGCUGAGGACACUCCUGUCCAUGGUGACCUCAACACUGUCAACGGAUUCCUAGACACUCAUAAGGGAUUCCAACAAGAGCUGGGUGCUCGAGCCACCACGGUACAGUUUGUGCGCAAGUCAGCCAAGGACUUGAUCGAGAAGUCCACUGAGGACAUGUCCCAUGUCCAGUCCCAGCUCAUCGAACUCUCUGCCCUAUGGGACCGGACGUGCAAGCUGAGCGUCAGCAAACAGGAGAGGCUAGAGCAGGCCCAUAGACUGGCUGAAGAAUUCCACAAGAAGGCCCAUGGGUUGCUUGAUUGGCUGGCAGAUGCAGAGAGACAACUCCGCUUCAAGGGAAUCAUUCCUGACGAGGAGUCAGCCAUCUUACAGCAGAUUGAUGACCACAAGAAAUUCGAGGAGUCCAUGCUGAGACAGGAGUCGGCUCUGAGGGAAACGCUCAACAUUGGUCAGGACAUUAUGAAGAGGUGCCAUCCAGAUGCAGUGUCCACCAUGAAACACUGGCUGGGUGUUCUACGCACCAGAUGGGAAGAGCUGAUGGGCCUGAGUCGACAGAGACAGCGUCGCUUGACAGAAGCUAUGACCAAUGCAAGGAGAAACAACACUUUGUUAGAUGAACUUUUGGCGUGGCUCAACGGGGCAGAGGUCAAACUCACUGACCUUGACCGUGAACCCAUACCAAGGGAUCUUCAAAUUAUUCAGGACCUGAUCUCCCAACACCAGGGCUUCCAAAAUGAGAUGUCCUCCAAACAGCCAGAUGUGGACAGACUAACCAAGGCAGACAAGAGGAGAGCAGGGUCUGUGACAGAUUCUUCCCACAUUCCAGUGUUCCGUGGUUCCGGUCGGUCCACUCCGAGGUCGAGAAUUCCUACCAUCCGAGUUGACCGAGCUGACAGUUCCGGCCGAAGGACACCUGACCACCAUGGACGUAGGACACCAGAACACUUCUCCGGCCGCCGUACACCAGACAUGAGUGGUCGCAGAACGCCUGAUGUUUCAGGGCGGGUAACUCCUGACCACCACUCAGGUCGCAGAACGCCAGACCACCACACCGGUCGGCGAACGCCUGAGCCCGCCUUCAACAACCCACGCGUGGGAGGCCUCUUUAACAAGUGGCGUCAAGUCUGGCUUAUGGCCAUGGAGAGACAGCGCAAACUACAAGAUGCUCUCGACUACUUGAAUGAGUUGGAGAGGUUGAAAAACUUUGAAUUUGACGACUGGCGCAAGCGUUACCUCAGGUGGAUGCACCACAACAAGGCUCGCAUCAUGGACUUCUUCCGUCGCCAGGAUCGGGACCGAGAUGGACGUGUCACACGCCAGGAGUUCAUUGACGGAAUCCUCAUGUCCAAAUUCCCUACGUCUAGGCCAGAGAUGGAGGCUGUUGCUGACAUCUUUGACAAAGAUGGUGACGGUUUCAUCAACUACAAGGAAUUUGUGUCAGCUCUUAGGCCUGACAGAGAUGUGAAACCAGAGACAGAGUCGGAGAAAAUCAUGGAUGAGGUCAAACGCCAGGUGUCCAAGUGCACAUGUGUGAAACAAUUCAAGAUACACAAGAUUGGAGAGGGAAAAUACAGAUUCGGUGAUUCUCAGAAACUUCGCCUGGUCCGCAUCCUUCGUAGCACAGUGAUGGUGCGUGUCGGAGGUGGCUGGAUCGCUUUGGACGAGUUCCUGGUCAAGAAUGAUCCGUGCAGAGCCAAAGGUCGGACAAAUGUGGAGCUUCGUGAGAACUUUGUUCUGGCACAGGGUGUGAGUCAGUCCAUGGCAGGUUUUGUGUCCAAGUCUCCUGCUGGCAGUUCCAGUGGCUCGUCCUACUCAGGCCGGUCAAACAGCACAGCUAGCGGACCUGUAUCUAAGGUGAGAGAAAAGAGCAUCGGCCAGUCACCAUGGAAACAGCGGACAAAGACGUCAGUUGACGGGGAGGUGCAUCAGAUCAUGUCUCACACAGAACCAGAUGGAACCAGACUCAUGAGGCACAAGGUCACUCGAGAUCUUCAUAGUCCUCGCAGCCUGCAAAGCCCAGUGAGUCGCAGCUCAAGUAGAGCCAGCACAACGGGCAAUGGUAGCCGUCCGCAGAGCAGAGCAGGCAGUGAGGCGUCCGAUGACCCUGAGGUCUUCACCACCAUGCAGACCGAGCGGAGAAGCGUCGGCGGUCGCAACGACACGACAGUCACGUACCAGACGCAUCGCCUACAGACCAAGAACGUAACUUUACCCACGGUGACCACCACCAAGAUCUCCAGGAUUCCCAAGAUUUCUCCUACAAAGAAGAAGUAGUUUGAGUACAUCACUGGGAUCCGUGAAGUUUUGAAAUAAGUUUGUUUUUUCGCUCGAAUUUUCAUUGCUUCUCCAAAGUCUUUCAUUGGUUGGCACGUGGGUAAUUGUUUUGUGAAUUUGAUCAUCAGUUGUAAAUAUUGCAUUUUAUAAAGUUAAGCUAAUCAGCUGUUUCAUUUGACCAGAAGUAAUGUGUAUUUUCUUGACCCAACUGAGGGCAACUUGUCUUCAGCCGAUGAAUAUGACACAAAAUACAGUAAAACAUCAGUAGUACCUGCCCCUAAAGCUGAGGACACUUGGCUACAGUUGCCUGUGUCCCAUGCCUCAUAAUCACUUCCUUUGAAUACCUCUGCUAAGGUGUACCAUGAUUGCGACAUAUUUUCUGGUCCAAAGAGGUUAUGCUGUUCUGAGGCAAAGGGGGGUACGUUUAUUGAUAAUAAGAAGGUAUGUUAUACUGAGGUUUUACUGUGCUUGAGCUUGGAGAUGUUCCAAGUUACAAAGGACCAACAGCUUUGCCUAUUUGAUAUGCUUUUUGUAGAGCUUUUAUUAACAGCUGGUCUCUGUCUCGUCUGUUCCUUUGCUCUUUCGCUUGUUAGUUUGUAGCCACAAGAAGAGAUGUAGUUGCUGUCUUGAUUAUGAUGAAUUUUUGGAAGCUGUUCUAAUGCCUACUCCUUUCUGUUCUGUUUGAAUUUGAUGUUUUUGUUAUUUUGUUAAGAUUCUGUUAGAUUGUGAAUAAUACCAUACACGGUUAUGUGAUCACAGGGCUUUAGGAGAUGAGUGGUAGCAUGAAUGGUCUGUGAGGCUAUAAAAGGGUUGGCAUAUGCCUUCUUGGCUGGCAACAUAUCAAGGUGUGCAAAUGUCUUGACGUCGAGUUUGUACUGAUAGAAUUGUGAAUUUUCCUUACCCAAAUUUUAGAUCACUUUACUUUUAUAAAAACACGUAUUGCAAUCAAGAUUCCUUUGUGUAGCAUGUAUUCGUCUUUUCCUCAUUUGUCAAUAAACACAACUGGUUAUUUAUCAACUGUUAUUGUAUUGUUCGAGUUAGAUCAGAACUUCUUGAAUUAUAUGUUUUUUCAGAUUACUAUUUGAUGGCGUUGUUUGAAUUUUCUUUCCUUUUUUUUCCCAGUAUCUAAUCUUUUGCAUUUUUCAAGUUCUGUGUUACCUUUCAUUUUGUCUGAACUUAUACACUGAUUCCCUUCCAUGAUUGAAAUAUCUAUCUAUGUAUGCUUCAGAGGUUUCCAGAUCAGGCGGAAGCCGUUUUUCUGGAUUGAAUAAGAAAAAAAUAUUCCAAAUUUUCUAUUUUCAUGUGUCUUCCCUGGCUUCAUUAUCGUUCCAUGUGAAAGUGUAACUUGAGGACGGUCACUUUGGUUUGUUCCUCCUUUUCAAUUAUGCACGGUUCCAAAUACUGGGAUUAUUUAAUUUUUUUCUUUUUGGCAUGUUACUGUGCAAGAAGAGAUUUAGUCUAUGGCGUUAUUAGAAAAGGUUUUUUGUCAAAAGAUGUCAUUUCUCUUUUGGGGGAAAGAGAACUUUGUCUUUUCCAUGAGACCUUUCUGUUAAUGAUGUAACUAAAGGAAUGUUAAGAUGUUUUUCCACAAGAAUGGGUUCAGAUAUGAAUGAGAUUCCUCUCGAUUUUCGUUUUAUUCCUCCCAUUUCUCCAUAUAAAAUACGAAGCUGGUGUGCGCAUGCGUCUGUGUUGCUAAGAUUCUACAACACUUUUCGUAGAGUUGUUUUUUAAAUUUAGUGUUAUGGUGCUCUUCUCGUGGUGUAGGGUUUAGUGUGUUGUCUUGUGGUGCGUGUUGUUUGAGCCCGGGACAGGUCCUGUCUCUGUGACUCUAGCGUGAACUCUUUUUGUCUCCUUGUCUCCAGACCGCUCUAUGCCAACUGAAUGUCUCACUAUCUGCCUCACUUGUACAUAUACAGAAAGACCAACAGAAUUGUUUUAUUCCCUCUUCUUGUUUUCCUUGUCAUUUGUUUUAUUUUUCACUUUGAGGAGAAUUUUUCCACAUACUUUAGUAGGGAGUGGGGGGGCUGACAACACAGCACAGAGGAUGUGUGCUUCUAGGCUGGCUCCACUAUGUUUGUUUUUCCUGCCUUGCCCAGAGGCAUAUGCUGAGGUAUUUGAGAGUGUGUCCGAAGCUGCUCGUUCCAGGGCCCUUGGGACUGUUGUAAGUAACUUAUGAAGAGUAUUUGGCACCCAUGUUUACUUUCUUCCUAAAGUACAAAUUAGUUCAGUCCUGUUAUAAAAUAAGUAUGGUUCUAAAUUUUGAUUAUAAUUAUGCACCCUGUCUAGGAUUGUAUUUGAAACUGCAGAGUGUGUGCAUAUAUCUAUGCACUGCAAAAAAAGCACAUUGUAGGAUGCUUUUCUUGAUGAAUAUAAUAUUAUAUAUAUAUAUUUAUAUCUGUAUUUUCAUUAGGUCAACAAUUUCCAAUAUUUAGUUUCUUGUUAAAAGAAUCAGGUGGAAUGCUUGAUACUAUCACUAAAAUCAUACUUCUUUGAUGGCUGAUGUGCUGUUCAAGGAGAUAAAUAUUCUAACGAAUUAUUGAUGGUUUUAGAUCAAAUAGUUGCAUAAAUAGACUGUCUUCUGUUACUCUUUGGCAUCCUCUCUAGACCAAGCCAAUUUGUUUGACUUUAUUUGGGCAAACUACAAACUGACUUUUCUCUUCUGACCCUCAGACAUUUAAUCUUGCCUCAAUAUAAUGAAGCAUAAUAUACCGGGGGCUCUUUAUUGCUAUUCUCAGAUUUGUAGCUUUAAUUAGAGAGGCAAGUGAUGUCCUGAAAUGUAGUGGAAAAUGUUUUCGGUUUUUUGUAUACCUUCUGAAGUAUAUAAAAAUAAUGUAAUAAAUGCUAUGACAUUUUUCUGUUGGUUCAUUUAUCAGUAGCAAUUUAAAGCAAUUUUUAUAUUACUUUGAGCUAUCAGCAAAGCUACCUUAGGUGGUCGGAUGUAAACAUUUGUACGUCAAUAAACAUAACUACAUGAAUCUCA